AUGGCAAGCACUAAACCACUACGCUUACCGCGAUGCAGUGUUCCUUGCAGAAAGAUUAUAUGCAGAAGGCUUGCAGAAGGAGAGCAGAUCUUAUCUGGUGGAGUGUUGAACAAACAGAAAAGCCAUGAUGACAUUGUUAUGGAGUUUGGUGACUCUGCGUGCUUUACGCUCUCCUUACUGGGACAUGUCUACUGCAAGACAGACCGGCUUGCCAAAGGAUCGGAAUGUUACCAAAAGAGCCUUAGUUUAAAUCCUUUCCUCUGGUCCCCUUUCGAGUCGCUCUGUGAAAUAGGUGAAAAACCAGACCCUGACCAAACAUUUAAGUUAACAUCUUUACAGAACUUCAGCAGCUGCCUGCCCAACACUUGCACAACAGUGGUGUCUAAUCACAACAUAUCCCACAGACAGCCGGAGACUGUCCUUAUGGAAACGCCGCAAGACACAAUUGAGUUGAACAGAAUCAACCUAGAAUCCUCCAAUUCAAAAUACUCCUCCUUGAACACAGAUUCUUCGAUGUCUUACAUUGACUCAGCUGUGAUUUCCCCAGAUGCUGUCCCUCUUGGGUCAGGAACUGCCAUAUUGUCUAAACAGGCUCAAAAUAAACCAAAAACUGGGCGGAGUUUACUGGGAGGCCCUACGGCUUUGAGCCCACUAACUCCAAGCUUUGGAAUUUUGCCACUAGAAACCCCAAGCCCUGGAGAUGGAUCGUAUUUACAAAACUACACAAACUCUUCUUCCGUAAUCGAUGUGCCAUCCACAGGAGCACCUUCAAAGAAGACUGUCAGCAGGAUAAGCCAAGCUGGAACAAAAUCUGUCUUCUCACAGAGCGGAAAUAGUCGGGAAGUCACUCCAAUUCUUGUUGCACAAACACAGAGCUCUGGCCCACAGACGAGUACAACACCUCAGGUAUUGAGCCCAACAAUUGCUGCUCCACCGAACGCACUGCCUCGAAGAAGUUCUCGCCUGUUUACUAGUGAUAGCUCUACAACGAAGGAAAAUAGCAAAAAAUUAAAAAUGAAGUUUCCACCUAAGAUUCCAAACAGAAAAACAAAAAGUAAAACGAAUAAGGGAGGAAUAACUCAACCAAACUUGAAUGACAGUUUGGAAAUUACCAAACUGGACUCUUCCAUCAUUUCAGAAGGGAAAAUUUCCACUGUUGUGCCACAGAUCCAGGCGUUUACGCUUCAGAAGGCAGCAGCAGAAGGUUUGAUGAGCCUUCUUCGUGACAUGGGGAAAGGUUAUUUAGCCUUGUGCUCGUACAACUGCAAAGAAGCGAUAAAUAUUUUAAGCCAUUUACCAUCCCACCACUACAACACUGGCUGGGUGCUGUGCCAAAUUGGGAGAGCUUACUUCGAACUUGCAGAAUAUAUGCAGGCUGAGAGAAUAUUUUCAGAAGUAAGGAGGAUUGAAAACUACAGAGUAGAAGGCAUGGAGAUUUAUUCAACUACGCUGUGGCAUCUGCAGAAAGAUGUUGCUCUUUCGGUCCUUUCGAAGGAUUUGACGGACAUGGAUAAAAACUCACCAGAGGCAUGGUGUGCUGCAGGAAACUGUUUCAGCUUGCAACGAGAGCAUGACAUUGCAAUCAAGUUCUUCCAGAGAGCCAUCCAAGUUGAUCCAAACUAUGCUUAUGCCUACACCCUGUUGGGGCACGAAUUUGUGUUAACAGAAGAACUAGACAAAGCAUUAGCUUGUUUUAGGAAUGCAAUCAGAGUCAACCCGAGACACUAUAAUGCAUGGUACGGGUUGGGAAUGAUUUAUUACAAACAGGAAAAAUUCAGUCUAGCAGAAAUGCAUUUCCAGAAAGCACUUGAUAUCAAUCCUCAGAGCUCAGUCUUACUGUGUCACAUUGGAGUAGUCCAGCAUGCACUGAAAAAAUCUGAAAAGGCUUUGGACACUUUAAACAAAGCCAUUAACAUUGACCCCAAGAACCCGCUAUGCAAAUUCCAUAGAGCUUCUGUAUUAUUUGCAAAUGAAAAAUACAAGUCUGCUUUACAAGAACUUGAAGAACUGAAACAGAUUGUUCCCAAAGAGUCUCUUGUUUACUUUUUAAUAGGAAAGGUUUAUAAAAAACUGGGUCAAACACAUUUGGCCUUAAUGAAUUUCUCAUGGGCAAUGGACUUAGAUCCCAAAGGAGCCAAUAACCAGAUUAAAGAGGCCAUUGAUAAGCGUUACCUUCCAGAUGAUGAGGAGCCAAUAACUCAAGAAGAGCAAAUCAUUGGCACAGACGAAUCCCAGGAGAGCAGCAUGACGGAUGCAGAUGACACACAGCUCCACGCAGUUGAAAGUGAUGAAUUUUAA